CCCAAAUCCAUGGUCAAGCAAGGCUAUCAGCGCCGAACUGAAUUUGCGUGUGAUGGCUUGACGGUCUUAGAGAAGUGGUAAGAGGGAGACGACACCAGUCACCGUCAGGACCAUCAUUCAAUGAAUGACAGCACAGCAUUCGGUCGCAACUGCAACUUGCGCCCAGAGAAAACAAAACCACUUUUGUUUUUUUAAAUGUUGAUAAUAGGAACGGGGUAGCUAACGUCUUUUUCUAGCUUCAGAUGUUCGUCCGCUCUUCACCUGGUGCUGAAGGGAUGCGUGGGCUGUAAGUCUUAGGGCACUUCUAGUCCACCUCUGCUCAGAGAGAACAUAGCACUGUGUCUUCCACACACUGCCUGCCUGGGGAGACAAGGCACCACAUCCUCACAGCAUUGGAUGCAUCUGGGUCAAAAACAGAGGAAGAAGAAGAGAGAAUGGCUGUCUGUGGUGUUGUGAUGAUGAGAGGAUAGCGGGGCUGAGGGCCCUGAGGUGGACAGGCACAGUUGAAGCAGCAGGCCAGGGUUGAGCCAGGCCUGGGGAGGGGAGGCAGGCGGUGGGCGCCCACCGUCCAGGGACCAGGAGCCACCAUUUCUCGGGUGGUGUUGCCGGCGCGGAGGAGGGGCGCCGUGCGGAGGCUGGAGGCUCUCUGGAUGAUGACCAGCCUGUUCCGCCGCCACAGCAGCAGCAGUGGUAACCAUGGUGAUGUGUCGGCGCACAGCGACAGCCCAGUCCCAGCUGAACUCAACAACAGUAAUCCCGGUGGGGGUGGGCGAACGGUGCGGUGUCUGGAGUUCAACCAGGCUAUGGAGGACUUCAGGACCAUGUUCCCCAGCAUGGAGCAGGAGGUGAUAGAGUGUGUGCUGCGGGCCAACCACGGAGCCGUGGACUCCACUAUCAACCAGCUGCUCCAAAUGAGCCUGGACGGACACGGCUCUGACGACAGCUCCGACUCAGAGGACAGUAUCCCUCCUGAGAUCCUGGAGCGGACGUUGGAGCCGGACAGCUCUGACGAGGAGCCCCCGCCGGUCUACUCCCCGCCCUCCUAUGACAUGCACAUCUACGACAGGAAGUACCCAGAUGAGGUCCUGCCUACAGCCUCACCACCACCCAGCUUUGAUGCCAGUCAAUCCCGUCCCUGCCAGCCCCCUCCUGGUCCACCCCCUCCUGCCAGUCAAAGGCAGGUUGGAAGUUACAGGAACUGGAACCCACCGUUACUAGGCAACCUCCCUGAUGACUUCCUGCGGAUCCUGCCUCAGCAGCUGGACAGUCUGCCACGCUCUCACAGUAGCCUAACCCAGACUAGUCUGACCCAGCCAUCCUGCUCUUCCUCCCUGUUGUCCGUGACGCAGCAGGUUGAGCCUGGGGCGGCGGCCAGGGCGGGCCAGGUUGGCAUGGAGACGGACCAGGAGAGGAAGUUGAAGCAGUUCUUGGAGGAUGAGCGCAUAGCCCUCUUCCUGCAGAACGAGGAGUUUAUGAAGGAGCUGCAACGCAACCGCGAGUUCCUCAUCGCCCUUGAGAGAGAUUGGCUGCAGUAUGAGUCAAAGACAUCCAAGUCCCAUCAUUCACCAGCUUUCAUGGGGAUGUCCUCUCCAGGAGAUAAUUAUGCCUCAGGCUCUGGGGAGGCCUGCAUCAAUGUUACAGAUGAUGCCUUGUUCCGUGACAAACUCAAGCACAUGGGCAAAUCUACGCGGAAUAAGCUUUUUGAAAUCGCUAGAGCUUUCGCUGAAAAGACCCGAAGAAGAAAAACGAAAAGACGAGCCCUCCUGAAACACCAUUCACUGGGUAAUGCUGCCUCCACUGCCAACCUCUUGGAAGACGAAGAAGCUGGACACCUGAGUGAGGAGGACAGUAUGCUCAAGAGACCAGGCCCUCAGGAAGAGGAGGUGCCCCAACAGGAAGUGUUGUCAUGAUUUCUCAUAUAGUUUCGUCUGUGACAAUGGAAGAGCAAUAUGUCUCACACUACCCCCUUCUUGACCUGAACCAGCCUGUCCCAAGUCCCAUGGAAUAUUGCUCCCUUCAGAUGCUUGUCAGGACCGGGAAAUUUCCCAGUUAUGAAGUCGUAAGUCCUGUUUUAGAAGUCAGAGCAAUUCUUCAACCAAUGAGAUUUCAUCUAGCAAGAUGAGCUAGCUAACAUUGCUAAUGAUAAUGUUGGCUAGCUUGCUUAACUUUGACAAUAUGGUCAAACUAGCUAUUAUCCACACUGAUAAGUUUGACAGCGUCAAACAUUUAUUUGCUUUAUCAUCUUAUGGUUGAAAAGAUGAAAGGUCAGUGAUGAAACGUCGCAACUCUUGAAUUGGGUAUCUUCUCUGUCUCUGACUUGGGAGGGUCGUUCAAGUGCUUAUUUCCCAGUCGGAACCUCGUAUUUCCCACUUUUGAGUAGAAUUUGAAGGCAGUAUAUUGUUCUUUUGAUUUCAUGUUUCAGAAAUCAUCAAACUAGCUAGUUGGGCUCUUUUUUAUUAUUAUUUAAGUUACAUUUAAUAUGAAGAAUUUGUAAGUCGCUCUGGAUAAGAGUGUCUGCUAAAUGACGUAAACGUAAGAAUGUAUUGUUAUUGAUGGUGAAUAUUAAUAAUGUUGUUAUGAUUAGAAAUACUAUAUAAAAAAAUAAUAAUAAUUGAAUUAUUCUUGAUAAUUGUUGGGUGAUACAGUAAAGGCCCAGUGAAAGCUGGAGUUGUAAUUCUGAUACAACUCAGCACCCUAGCGCAUUUUACUUGCAUAUGAAUGGAUUUGACCAUGUCUAGCUCCCGACCAUUCAAACAGUCCAUUUCUUGCCCCAUGUGAGUUUGUGUGUGUGCAACAGCGAUUGUUCUAGUUUAUGCUUCCCCCAAUGCAAUUGUAUUCUCCCAAUCUGAGACUAUAAUCUCUACCAAAUUGUCAGCCUUGAGGUCCAACAACAAGGUCCAGAUAGGCUAAUUCUCCCCAUUGAUCAAAUGGUAUAUUCCCAGAGAUGACUAAUGUAGGUGAAGACUGUUUCCAGUGUAUCCAGAGAGCAAUGGUUUGAAUUCAAAUCUGGACCUUCAGUGCAACAGUAAUAAUAGCCAUGUGGCUAGGGUUUCCUCCUUUAGCAUGCAUGUGCCUAUUUAGUAAGUUAGAAAAUAAUGUAUUUACUGUUUCUCAUACACCUUUAUAGUACAGUAUUAGAUACUAGGGGUGUAACGAUUCGUUUUAACAACGAUUCGAUUUGUAUCACGAUUCGUGGUUGUCGAUACGA